AUGGCAAACGUGGAAGCUGCCCGGCUGCUCCUAAGCUUCCUCCUUGAGCUUAUUGGUACUUUAUCUGCGGGCAUAGAAAGAAUCAGUAAUAACUCUGAUGUUGGAUGCAGAUAUGGUGUGGAUGGGGAUUUUGUUACCAUUUUUUCUUUUAAUAUUAACUUGCUGAAGAAGAUAUCUUGGUUAAAGUUACCUGCAAUAACCACAAGCAUUGUAGUUUUGGUUGUCAACGUGAACCACGCUCUAAAAUUGCUAGCAUGUGGCGGCAGCAAAACGGCGCAACAACCAACUAGUACGCGGAAUUCAAAAUUGCGACUCGGCGGUCAUCGAAAUCCUAUUCUUCACCAUCAACUUCCGCAACAUCGUCUCAGAAACGCCAACGCUUCUACCUUCAAGAUCACCUGUCUUGCAGCUCUAUCAUUCGAUGACAUCUCUCAAUUGGCCCAUAACAAGGUUCUGAUUGCAGCUGGUGCUUCUGCGGCGAUUGGGCAGAUUUCGAAGCCCUUUACUUCUGUGCUUCUAUAUGGGAAAGAGUUUGAUAUCAAGGCGGUCAUUCAGGCCGGAGGAUUUCCAUCAACCCAUUCGUCCGCAACAGUGGCUUCUGCAACAUUCCUUGGUCUUGAGAGAGGCUUCUCCGAUCCCAUUUUUGGUUUAUCAGUUGUGUAUGCUGGCCUCAUUAUGUAUGAUGCUCAGGGUGUAAGAAGAGAAGUGGGGAAUCAUGCCAAAGUAUUGAACAAACUACUCCAGAUGCUAGAAAAUUCUGUAGAUUCCAAAGAUAGAGAUGAUAGGUUGAUCAAUUCCCAGCUAGGAACAUCAACUUCUUUGAAUGUAAAAAGCUUAGAGAAGUCCCUUCUUUCCCCAGAAGCCAAUUCCUCAGAAACACAACCGAGAAAUGCAUCAGUGUUGGUCAAAUCUGACAGUAAAAGAAAGAAAACCAGUGAGGAGCUAUCAUCAUCAGGCUUUUCAACAGAUGCAGAAGAACUCUCAAAGUUGGCAGCAAAUGGUCUAUUCCCAUUAAAAGUAUCGAUAGGCCACACUGAGGUUGAAGUUAUUGCUGGUGCACUAUUGGGUUUCUUGGUUGGCCUUGCCGUGUAUAAUUUCUUGUGAUGUCCAUUUUCUUCUUCGCUUACUGUAGAUUUGAAACAUCACAUUUCAUGCUACAGAACUCAUGUACAGAGUUGACAUAUAUCAGCAAGAACGCAAAAAAAAAAAAAAAAAUUUAGGUC